CCGAGACGGUUUUUUUUUUAUAUGAAUUAUUCCAUCUAUUAUUUUUCAAAUAUUCUAUGACUAAAUUCUCCUCCGGCCCUGCCCCCUCUUAAAAAUAAAUUUUCCUACUCCAAAACAUCUUAUUUCCCCUAAUUUUAAUUAUUUCCCCUCAUUUUUGACAGCUAACAAACAUUUUUGUUUAUAAAUAAUAAACAGUGUACAGUGUCAAUUUUAUAAAUGUAAACAUAACUCGUGUUGACAUGUAUUCGAGAGGCGAGUUAUCAUAGGAUAUCUAAAGAUUUUUAGCCGGCUUUCAAGUACUCUUUGGAAAUUAAGCGAUAGUAGUCAAAAAAUUGAUCAAUUAUGUGGUACAUUCCAAUGAUAAUAAGAAAAAAAGAAGCAAAAAGUUAUAGUACAAAAAAAAUGAUUAAAGAUGAAUACAAAAAAGGAGAUAAUUGUGUUAUUAUCGAAGAUGUUAUUAUCAGUGGAAGUAGUAUUUUAGAAAAGACUUAACUCCAGAAGGUUUGAACGUUACUAAAGCAUUAGUAAUUAUAGACCGAGAACAAAGUGGCAAAAAAAAUAUAGAAAAUGCUGGUAUUAAAGUAAGAAGUUUGUAUACUCUUACCAAGUUAAUGAAGUAUCUUUUUGAAGCUGUUAAAAUUACUUUAGAAACGAUUAAAAAUGUUUCUCAAUACAUAAAAGAAUAUUCAGCACCAUUGAUAACAUUGAAUAAAGGUAGCGAGGGCGUAAAAUCGUCUUCGAUAAAAAUGAAAAGUCAAGCCUAGCCUGCAGGAUACUUCUUAUUGUAUCUCUGCAAGAGUGCUUGUGAUACAUUCACUAAUUUUUUAUUACAUAAAUCAUAGAGUAUGUUUUUAUAUAUUAAUUGACACACAAAAAUCUACCAUGGACGGAGCAAAUGUUACAUUCCUUUUUCAAUUCGGUUUAUUACGUGAUACUGUUAGUAUAGAGGCAAGUGCCUUAACAUUAAAAACACUAAAAGAAUAUGCAUGUAAUUUUAUAAUUACUAAAUGCCCUGAUCAUGGGCUGAAUCAAUUAUUUGAAAGAUUGCUUUUAUUCAAGCAUGACUACAACUCAUCAAAUGUUUUACAACUUAUUAAAAAUGCCGCAGAAAUAGUUGACGAAACAUUAAUUGAAAUUGUAUUAAAAACCCAAGUACCAACCGAAGAGAUUAUUGUACGACCCCAUACUUUAUCUGUACAUUCAUACAAAACACCUACUUUUUGCAAUUUUUGUGGUGAAAUGCUUUUUGGAUUAGUGAAACAAGGUCUCAAAUGUGAAGGAUGUGGCAUGAAUUAUCACAAAAGAUGUGUUGUAAAAAUUCCAAACAAUUGUAUACAAGAUUCAAAUAAACAAAGGCGUAGUUCAACAAUGCUAAAUGUGCCUAGAUCACCCAGUCAAGGUUCUACAAGUAGUUUUGGAGGUGCUUGUGACGAUAAUCAAAAUAUGGGAGCAUUUAAUCUCAGCCAAAAUAAUACUUCUUCUGUUACAACUUCUAAACAGUCCAAUUCAUCAUCUUUGGGAGAUAAAAUUCCCUGGACAGACCGAGAAAUGAUAUCUCGAAUUAAAAUACCUCAUACGUUUGUUGUCCAUAGCUAUACCAGACCAACAAUAUGUGGGUAUUGUAAAAAACUUUUACGUGGACUUUUUAAGCAAGGUCUACAGUGCAAAGAUUGUCACUAUAAUAUUCAUAAAAAAUGUAUAGACAAAAUUCCUAAAGAUUGUAUUGGUGAAAAUUCAAAGGAUAAUUGUGGUGGAACAGAGUGUUCAGAUAGUGAUCCAGGAGAUCAUGAAGGAAAAUUUGAUGAAGGUAAAGAAGAUGGUGAUAUGGAUAGUGAUGUCGAGUCUUCCCCAAAUUCAUCUCAGCAUGAAUCAUAUCAACUGUUAAAUGAACACCAAGUUGGCGAAAUAUUAAAUCAACAACUAAAAAUUUCUGACGAACCACUUCCAAACUCUUGUCAACCAAACUCAUCAGACAAUAAUAUACCUUUCAUGAGAAUUGUACAAAGUGUGAAACAUACAAAAAAAUGCGGUGCAAAAAUUUUAAAAGAAGGUUGGAUGAUUCAUUACACCAGUCGUGAUUCAGCUCUACGUAGACAUUACUGGCGUCUUGAUUCAAAAGCAAUAACAUUAUUUCAAAGUGAUACAGGAUCGAAAUACUAUAAGGAAAUUCCAUUAGUUGAGAUAUUAGGUAUUGAAACGUUCGAUUCAUCAGAGUCUUCCAAGAAAACAUAUUCCUUUAAAUUAAGGACUGCACUAGUUGACUAUUAUGUUGGAGAAGAUUCAUUAUAUUUUUAUUUGGCUGGAUCAUUACCGACACUAGAUAGUGAUAAAUAUUCAGCACCAUUGAUAACAUUGAAUAAAGAAUCAUCACAUAAUCGUUUGAUAAUGGAUUAUGCAUCUAGAUCAAAGCUUACUAUGAAUCAGCUGGCUGCCAAUCUUUUCGAGCUCAUGGGAAAAAAAAAAACAAAUCUUUGAUUAGCAGCUGACAUGACAAAAACUAAUGAUAUUUUAGAAUUAGCUGAACUUGCUGGACCCCACAUUGUUAUUUUAAAAAUCCACGUAGACAUAAUUGAUGAUUUUUAUAAAGCAUUAAAACAUAAAUUUUUGAUCAUGGAAGACUAAAAAUUUUGAGAUAUCCGUAACACAGUAGCUCUGCAAUAUUCUAAAGGAUUGUAUAAAAUCUCGGAGUGGGCGGAUUUGGUAACUAUUCAUCCAGUAUCUGGUACAGGAGUUUUAGAUGGUGUCAAAGAAGCUUCAAAAUAUAUUUACAAUGAUCGAGGAAAAUUCUUAAUCACAGAAACGUAAUCACAGAAAUGUCAUCACUUAUUUUUAGUUUUUUUAUUUUUUUUAGGUAACAUUAUUCCUUCACUCUCUUUCAGAAGCAGAAAUGAAACAGUAUUCAUUUUUGUUUAUAAA